AAAUUUUCUAGACUCGAGUAAUUUGAAAAAUGUUAAUCAUUGAUUCAAUGAAGAGAGUUGAAAAAUUAUCAAUUUCCGCUAUUUCUUCAAAAUAUAUUGAAACUAACGUUCGUAUACAUCAAGGAAGCAUAAAACAUAUGAUUUUGAAUCCAACGGUAAACAAGAAAAGAACCGCCAAUUUGACAAGUUGAAGUUGGUUUCUUGGUUAGAACUUGAAGUUUUAAAGAUCACUAUAAGAUAAAUAGUACAAUAAUCAGUUUGAAAAUAAAAAGAAACAUUUGUUUUAAUAAAGUAGUAGUUUAUGUGUUGAAAGAUUCCUGCGCACAACAAAAAGUUUUAUUGAUUAUUUUAGAGAAGAAUAAUAGUUAUUUAUAAGAUUUAUUUCACCUUUAUCAGUAUCUUCAAAUUCAGUUGCAAUGGAGUUAUUUAACAGACCAGAUGAUAUCAUGUUUUGGACAAAAACUCGUCUUCAAACUUUCAAAUACUGGCCAUUUGAUGACAAAGUUCAGUGUAAUGCAAAGCGGAUGGCUGCUGCAGGAUUCUACGCUACAGGGGGACGAGAAGAGCCAGAUUUGGCUUGUUGCUUUGUAUGCAAAAAAUCAUUAAAUGGCUGGGAAGAAACUGAUGACCCUUGGGAAGAGCACAAGAAACAUUGCCCUACCUGUCCGUUUGUAAAGUUUGAUAAAAAAGAGAAAGAUUUAACAAUUGAAAAUGUCAUAGACUUACUACAACACUUGGAACUUCAACGUAUGACUUCUAUCAUGAAGAAAAAAGUGGACGAGUUACAUAAAUUAGCGAAUGCGCUGUGAUCUGCUUCAAGUCAAUUUUCAUGUUCAAUUAUGGAAAACUAUGUACAGUAUAUUUUAUAAUGGGAUUAAUAUUUUAUAACAAAACGUGUCUUUUAAAUUUAUAAAUUGAAAUUUGUAAGAUUUUUGAAUGACUAAUAAAUGAAUGAAUAGAUUAUUUUUCACACAA